AUGUAUGAAAUGAGCCUUAUCAGCUUUACAGUUUCCCACUAUGUACAUGCUGUCUUGCGAGCCGUGCUCAAGCUUCAUGCAUCUUUCAUGGUUACACCCGAACCCGUGCCUGAUGACUGUGAUGAUAACAGGUGGAAGUGGUUCAAGGGGUGCCUUGGGCCAAUUGACGGGACAUACAUCAACGUACAUGUGCCAAAUGCCGAUAAGCAUAAGUAUCGAUCUAGGAAGGGUCAAAUUUGUACCAAUACAUUGGCCGUGUGUGAUAGACGACUGAGGUUUACUUAUGUCUUGGCUGGGUGGGAGGGCUCGGCUGCUGAUGCUAGGAUUUUGCUUAACGCCAUCACUCGACCAAACGACUUCAAAAUAGCAUUGAAUGAGGAUGUGAUUUCAGGCAACUACUACUUAUGCGACAAUGGCUACGCUAAUUGCGAUGGUUUCCUAGCUUCAUAUAAAAGUGCUCGCUACCAUCUCAAAGAGUGGGGUCCAGCCACAGAAGCACCACAAACUUCACGUGAAAUCUUUAAUAUGCAGCAUACAAGAGCACGAAAUGUCAUUGAACGAGCUUUCGCUGUAUUGAAGAUGUGUUGGGGCAUUCUACGAACUGCCUCAUAUUAUCAUGUGAAGAUUCAGACAUGGUUGAUCAUAACUUGCUUUCUACUCCACAACUAUAUAAGAUCAGAGAUGCCUACUGAUCCAAUCGAAAUGACUGAGAAUGAUGAGUUCACUGAUAAUAAGGAGGCAAAGGAUGAUGGUGACCUCGGGGAAUUUGUUAAUAGGGUGGAGCCUUCCCCAGCAUGGAAUGAUAUGCGCGUUCUACCUUGA